CAGUAAGUUGCUGACCAGCCAGUAUAUCAGAUCUCCAGCUUCAGUGCAGGUGGAGACUCUGUCUCAUAAAUUAAGACGGAGCACGAGCAAGGAAGACGUCUGACAACAAUCUCGGGCCUCCUAAUGCACCCACACACUACAUACACAGGUUAGUAAGAAUUAUUGGGUGGUGAGAUAGAUCAAUGAGUAAAGGUGCUUGCUGCCAAGCCAAACUCCCAGAGUUCAAUAUCAAGGACCCACAUGGUGGAAGGCAAGAAUCAAAGCCCUCAAGAUGUCCUGGAUCUCCCCAUUUACACAAAAACCACACAAACCAAUGAACCAACGUAGGGGUUGGUGAAUGCCCAGCCCGUACAUCCCCUGCACUCACUUUUACACUAGGGAUGUUCCAAAGGCCCUCUGCUUGUUCCUCCCACAGACGGGGAAACUGAAGUUCACUCGGGACGCGCCCCUUGGCACAGCCUGCCCGGAUGCCCACAAAGUCCGUCCCCCUCUAUUCUUAGCCCUGUGAAUUCCAAGCGGGGAGGACGGUUUUGCUCACAGCUGAGUCACCGGGAUCUCAGAAGAGUUUCCCCCACGUCCUUCCCGCCCGGUGACCGGAAAAAGUCGGACAGUUCAGGAGCCAGAUCGUCACAUGGCUCGCAUUGAACAGGCGUAGAGAAAACCCUCGAGAUCGUCCCACUCUUGGGCCACCGAGACGACGGGACAGAGGGUCUCCCUGGGCGGCUAAGCCCCGCCUCCGCCCGCAGCGGAAGCCGGAAGCAACCGCAGGCCCCACUAGCCCCGCGGCGUCCAACUCGGUAGUCUCGGAGGCUCGCAGGAUGGGGGAGAAGAUGGCGGAGGAGGAGUUCUCCAACACAACCCAUGAAAACUUCAACUUCACCCUUCACACGACCCUGGGUGUCACCACGAGGCUGGUGCUCCCGACACCUGCCAAGCCCAUCCUUCCGGUGCAGACAGGGGAGCAGGCCCAGCAGGAGGAACAGUCGAGUGGCAUGACCAUUUUCUUCAGCCUUCUCGUCCUAGGUGAGCAGGCCCAGGGCUCUCAGUUCCCUGCCACAUCAGCGGUGCUAGGAUUAAAAGUGUCUGCCACCUUGCCAGGCUCCAAGGAUGAUUUUGAACUCCUGCUCCUCUUUGCCUUCACCUCUCUGGACCACUGCAAUGUGGCACUAUACCUCACUCAAAGGAGAGUCCAGCCUUGGAGAAGGCACAGUUGGGAAAAGGCUAUUUUGGCUUCCCUGGCUCACCAGUUGGCCUCUUGUCCCUCUGUUCCCCCUUCUCAGGGGAACUUCUUUCAGAACAUCGGCUCCAUCACCCUCUUUGCUGUCUUUGGAACGGCUAUCUCGGCUUUUGUAGUAGGUGGAGGAAUUUACUUUCUGGGUCAGGCUGAUGUAAUCUUUAAACUCAACAUGACAGACAGUUUUGCAUUUGGCUCCCUGAUAUCUGCGGUUGACCCAGUAGCCACUAUCGCAAUUUUCAAUGCACUGCACGUGGACCCUGUGCUCAACAUGCUGGUGUUUGGAGAAAGCAUUCUCAACGAUGCAGUCUCCAUUGUCCUAACCAACACGGCUGAAGGUCUAACAAGAAAACAUAUGUCGGAUGUCAGUGGGUGGCAAACGUUCUCACAGGCCCUCGGCUACUUCCUCAAAAUGUUCUUUGGCUCUGCAGCACUUGGCACUCUGACUGGCUUGAUUUCUGCAUUGGUGCUGAAGCACAUUGACCUGAGGAGAACACCUUCCCUCGAGUUUGGCAUGAUGAUCAUUUUUGCUUACCUGCCAUAUGGGCUGGCAGAGGGAAUCUCACUCUCAGGCAUCAUGGCUAUCCUGUUCUCUGGCAUCGUGAUGUCACAUUACACACACCACAACCUCUCCCCAGUCACCCAGAUCCUCAUGCAGCAGACCCUCCGGACAGUGGCCUUCCUAUGUGAAACAUGUGUGUUUGCAUUUCUUGGCCUGUCCAUUUUUAGUUUCCCUCACAAGUUUGAAAUUUCCUUUGUCAUUUGGUGCAUAGUAUUGGUACUGUUUGGCAGAGCUGUCAACAUCUUCCCUCUGUCCUACCUGCUGAACUUCUUCCGAGAUCACAAAAUUACCCCCAAGAUGAUGUUCAUCAUGUGGUUCAGUGGCCUUCGAGGGGCCAUCCCCUAUGCCCUGAGCUUGCAUCUGGGCCUGGAGCCCAUGGAGAAGCGGCAGCUCAUCGGCACCACCACCAUUGUCAUUGUGCUCUUCACCAUCUUGCUCCUGGGAGGCAGCACCAUGCCUCUCAUCCGCCUUGUGGACAUUGAGGAUGCCCGGGCACGCCGCAGGAACAAGAAGGACGUCAACCUCAGCAAGACUGAGAAGAUGGGCAAUGCCAUUGAGUCAGAGCACCUGUCUGAGCUCACUGAGGAGGAAUAUGAAGCCCACUACAUCAGACAGCAGGACCUCAAAGGCUUCAUGUGGCUGGACGCCAAGUACCUGAACCCCUUCUUCACACGGCGGCUGACACAGGAGGACCUCCACCAUGGGCGCAUCCAGAUGAAAAGCCUCACCAACAAGUGGUAUGAGGAGGUCCGCCAGGGCCCAUCGGGCUCUGAGGAUGAUGAGCAGGAGUUGUUCUGAGCCCACGCUGCUCUAGGCCGAGAAGAUGAUGCCUCAUGCAGCCUCCUCAGAACACAGGAUGGUAGGUUGAGGGCUAGUCUUAGCUAGGAAGCCUCAGGCCCUUGGAGAGUGCUGACUUUGGGAAUGUGACUGGCCUCCAUGGCUCACGAGCCAGACCUGCCCCGGUGUUGUUUCUGGGCCUGCAGAGCAGAGGAGGGCAGCGGCCAGCCUCCUUCCUGCUUCUGUGCCAGGGCCAGAGAAAACUUGGGAGGCUGGCUUGCUCAGCUCACACCGUGCCAGGGCCACACCUUCCUCACACCUCUGGAGCAGCUGUUGGCAGGCACAUCUGCUGUUUGUCUCUGCAUUGUCAAGGUGCCUUGGUGGUGGUGGUGGCGGCGGCGGCGGCAGCAGUCUCAGGCCUGGUGCCAAGGCUGAGAGACUUUAAAAGCCCCACAGUCCCUGUCCUGUGUCCCCAAAAAGAAAGGCUGAAGGACCUUUUUCUUGCCAUGGAACUGGCACCUCUCAGGCCUGCCUUUGGGCAGACAGCUGCAGCCCUCUUAUGGGCAUACUGCAAAUGUUUACACUGGUGCCUGGUAGGGAUCAGCCUGCAGGCUUCUAGGAAAGGUGUUGUUGGCCUAUCCCCCGGGUUUGGAUGGACUAUUCUCCAAAGAGACAAAGGGGGUCUUUUGACCCUGGAAGCACAGAAUCCUUGGGGGCACCUUUCCCAAAUGUUGGAGCUUCUUCUAUAUCCUCUCUCCUCUUCACCACUGCCUCCUCCCUCACCUUGUCCUCUGCCCUCCGUGCCAGGACCCCAGAUAUCCAAGACACUGGGGCAGGGGCCAGAGUACAACCGCUGAGGCCAGGGCUCCCUACUCCAGCCAAUUGCCUCUUGGGAUGCCAGUGACUUUGGGUCACACAAACACACUCCCAUGCAUGUGUCAGUGUAAGGCGUGCUGGAUCACACCACAGGCAAUGGUUACUGCCUGAUAUCCUCCCCUUCCAUGGCCCUUCAGCAACUACUCAUGUGGCCAUAGUACUUCCUUGCACCCCAGGUGGCUUAGUUGUUGUGUAUGGCCUUGUCCUCACAAUGGGGACACAGUGGGCCUGAGUGGGCUAGUUGCAGGUGUUUCCCACCUCAGGUGCUAUGGUUCUGCUGUUAAAAGACAGUUCUCCACCUCACUUGCUGCAGAAGGUAGCAGAGUUGGAAGCAUGUAGUUUGUUUCUGUACAUAAGGUCACUUAUCCUUGGCAUAGCCAAGAUACGGUCCUCUUGUCUCUCACUUUAACCCUGGAGCUGGAGCCACCUGUGACCUUGUGUAAUUUGGGGUGGGACUGAGGUCAGGCUGGAUUCUUCUCUUUCCAGAACUCAGGCUCAGUCUCUAAGAUGGAAGUUGCUUUCCAAGCUCUCAGUGCUUUCCUUGAGCAGUGAGGCACCGGGGUGUCACUUACUCAGCCCUUGUCACCAGGUCUCUGACACGGCACUCUUGGCCAAGACAUGAAGUGAUCUUCUGGGAACUUGGUGGGAGGACUGUUGCACCAGCCCUGAACACCAGCAGGCACCUCUGCCCCUUCCUGGGGAGUGUGGGCUGAAGUUCCUGGUGGCGCAUCCCUGCAGUGUGUAUGAGCCAAUUCUUGGGAUCAGUGACCUGCUUUCUGCAGUGUUAAGGUCACAGUGUUCCUCUGAACAGCCUCCAGCACUUUGGGGUGAAACCUGACAGGCUGACGGCCUGAUGUGCAGAUUCCUUUCUGUGCAGUAGAAUGCCAAGACUGAGCAGAGAAGCCUUCUUAAAACCCACCCUAAGGACUACUAGGUCUACAUGUCCAUGGUAGGUUCUGAGCUGGGUGGCUGCUGCCCAGACCCCUCCCCCUUAGCUGUGGCGGUACAUAUGGUAGAGGUCAGCUGUUCCUGGCUCCCAUGUGAGGAGGAAUUCAGUAGCUGUCUGCCAUCCGUGAGGUUUCUAAGAUGCCACAUGGAGACAGAAGCCCUUCCCAUUCUCUCAGAAAUAGCAGCUUGAUUUCUCUGCUGGCUGGUGCCCAGGAAACCAGGUCCAAGCGGUGGCAGUGGCAAGUCACUGGGUUCUCUCAGGGUCCCAGAGCCAGGCUGUGUUACCUAAAACUGAAUGGUAGGAGGGAGGGAGGGCCUUGUAGUGCCCCUGCUUCUCCACCUAGCCCUCCCACCUGCCCACCCAGUUUCAGACGAGGGAGGGGCUAUGGCCUCACCAAGGCACGAUCAUGUGCAGUCAUGGUGGGACAGGCCACUGUUGGUAGCUGUAGCCCUGAUCUCCAGCCAUGGUACUGGGUGGGGACUGGUGGAGUCCCCUACUUUACCAGAGAGGCUAAAGGCUCUCUUCACAAGCCUGGGUUCCUUUCUUCUCUGACAGUGGAAGAUUUUGGAAGAGCAACGUUUCUGUUGUUUGGGGAGGCAGGUGGGAGCCAUGUGUGUGAAGUCCCUGGGACCUGAGGGACCCUUUGCUGCUUUCUGGAAGGGGUCUGGGCCUGAGCAGUGCGAAUUGUAUCACUCUGCUGGAGUCCCCCUCGCCUGCCUGCCUCCCUCCCCUCACCAUGUCCCUGAAUAAAAGGCUGUGGAACCAGA